AUGCCACUAAGUACUGUUAUUUGUAUCGGGAUGGCCGGAUCUGGUAAGACCACUUUUAUGCAAAGAUUAAAUUCCCAUCUUCGCAGCAAGAAAACUCCACCAUAUGUCAUCAAUCUAGAUCCUGCCGUAUUGAGAGUCCCUUAUGGUACCAACAUCGACAUCCGUGAUUCGAUUAAAUAUAAGAAAGUGAUGGAAAACUAUCAAUUGGGCCCCAACGGGGCCAUCGUUACUAGUUUAAAUCUUUUCAGUACCAAGAUAGACCAAGUGAUAAAAUUAGUGGAAAAUAAACGUGAUCAAUUUGAGCACUGUAUAAUAGAUACACCAGGCCAAAUUGAAUGUUUUGUUUGGAGUGCCUCAGGUUCCAUUAUAACUGAAUCAUUCGCAUCCACUUUCCCCACAGUUAUAGCAUACAUUGUUGAUACACCCAGAAACACAUCUCCCACUACGUUCAUGAGUAAUAUGCUUUAUGCAUGUUCUAUAUUAUAUAAGACUAAGUUACCGAUGAUUGUUGUGUUCAACAAGACUGAUGUUCAAGAUGCUGAAUUUGCUCGUGAAUGGAUGACGGAUUUUGAAUCCUUCCAAAACGCUGUUAGAGAUGAUCAAGAAUUGAACGGUGAUUUGGGGAUGGGUUCUGGAUAUAUGAGUUCGCUAGUUAAUUCCAUGUCUUUGAUGUUGGAGGAAUUCUAUUCACAACUAGAUAUGGUUGGUGUUUCUAGUUUCACGGGAGAAGGUUUUGAUGACUUCUUGACAUCUGUUGAUAAGAAGGUUGAAGAGUAUGAAGAGUAUUAUAAGGCGGAAAGAGAAAGAAUUUUAAAGGCUAAAGAAGAAAAGGAAAAAAAGAGGAAAGAAAAAUCAUUGAACAGAUUAAUGAAGGAUCUGGGUCUUGGAGAAGGGAAGAAAGCUACAGACGGGAACGAGAGUGAUUCUAGCGCUGAGGUAAUAAGUGAUCUGGAAGAAGGUGAGGAUGAUGGUGUAGUAGAACGUGACGAAGACGAAGGUGUUGAAAGAGAAUAUACUUUCCCUGGUGAAGAAAGAACGCAAGGUGAAGUUAAUGAAAGAGAUACUCCAGAUUUACAAAAGAGAUAUCAAGAAGCUUUAGAACGUGUCAGCAAAGAGGCUAGUAGUGAGACGGCUGAAAAUAUCGCACGUCACAUCAGACAAUAA